AUGGCAUUACUGGAGACCAAGCUCGAGUACUGGAGUAUUUGUACGACAAAGGGUGUAUUCCUUCGGAGACAGUCGAAGGUCCGUGGCAGUGCUGGAGCAAUCAAGUUCUUGUACAGCACUGGGUUAAUCUGGUCGGAAAUGGUUGAAGACGCGUUGCAAACUGCCGUGCGCGAUAACACUGCAGACGCCGUUGCUGCUGUGAUCUCAACUGGUGAUAUAUCGGUAGAGGUGGUCGAGAAUGUUUUACUGAAAGCCGUCGAUAGGGAUGACGUCUACGCUGUAAAGGGUUUGGCCCAGUGUGGGUGCAAUUUACGUGGCGCUCUUAAAAAGUCAUGGCUUCCACAUUAUCGUCGAAGUAAAGUGGGGCUUUUCUUCAGACAGAACGGGGAUACCAUCGAGAUGACCCAGAGUAGCGUCCACUUGGCUUCAAGCAACAACACCUCUGACCACGGUCUGCUAUUCCCAUGGAAGCUCCGGGUGCUACCUAGCAUUAUGAGGCUCAUCAACGAGUUCACAGUAUCAACCGAAGCGGAGGUGAUGGAGGCAGCUACAACUGGAAAUACGGACGUGCUAUUGACACUUCUACCUCAAUUCUCUGAUCAAGUAGGUGUCGGACUCGCUGUACACGGGGUUCUUGAAGUCGCAGCAGUUCAUGGACAUCGCGAUUCGAUCCACGUGGUCCAUCGCUGGUGGGUUUGUGGUGGUAGGAGGCAAAAGAGGAAGAUCGAAUGCGGUAUUGCCGGCUUUCUUGCGCUGAGCCACGGCUGCGCUCGAAGAAGCUACCUGUCGGGCCAGCUAGGAGACAUCGAGCUCAUAUGCAGACAUGCUCCAGUUACCAGGCGCUUGCUUUGGGCAGCGGAGUAUGGUCAUCUUCAAGUGAUUAAACUUGUUUUCCCAAGGCCAGACUUCGACGUGCAAGACCAGAUUUACUUUCUGCACGUAUCAAUGCUUCUAGCGUCCGAGCAUGGCCAUUUCGGCAUUGUAAAGUUCUUGAAUGAGCGUUGUGGAGAUGGUAUAUUUCAAUAUGGCGAGAAUGUUGACCAUGCUGCUUGUCCGCUGUUAGUUGCGAUUCAAGGAAGAUCGAUGGAGACCGCAAACUAUUUGUUUGCGAACAAAAAAUUCAAGGUAUCAUCGUUUACGCAAGCCUUCCUUUCUGCUGACUCGCUCGGAUCUCUGGAUCUUGUAAAGAAGCUGUACGAUUACGGGAAAUUCAGCGCAACUUUACUCGGUGAUGCUUUUGUUGGUGCUGCUGAAAAUGGACAGUUGGAUAUCGUGGAAUUCCUGCAGUCUAAAGGACAUAUUGACGACGAACAAAUUGGCAAGGUACUCGAAGCUGCUGCAGGUUGCGGUAAAUUCGACGCGGUGAGGUACCUUUAUGCCCUUCAGGGAUUUAAACCAUCGCCUGUUUGGGUUGGAAAGGCUUUCACAGCUGCAGCAAGUGGAGGCCAUCUCGACGUGGUAAAAUUACUGGAUACGAAGGAGUAUAUUCCACCUGCGACGAUUGUUAAAGCCUUUGGGGAAGCAGCCAAGGACGGCGGCCAACCAUCUUCGUACAUUGCAGACCCCGUUGAUGUACUGAAGUUCCUGUACGCAACAGGCUGCAUCACCACUGCGGAAGUGUACAAAGUGAUCCCAGCAGCAGCGGCACGCUGCUGUGUGGACGUCAUGCAGUUUUUGUAUGCCAGAGGGACGGUUCCGUCAAUGGUUUCCGAUAUCGCGUUCGCCGUUGCGGUUCAAGCAAACUGUGCUGCGGUAGUCAGUUUUCUCUGCAAGACCGAGACCAUUUAUGCCUUGGCAAUCGAAGACGAGUUUCUGAGAGCGGCCAAGACGGGCGACAUUUACAUGCUAAAUGCAAUUGUGGAGUCUGGCUGCGUUCCUCAAGCGCUGGUACGAAAGGCAUCCCGAAAGGUCUACGGAACCAGAGUUGAGCAAUUCCUGCGUCAGCGAAAGAUCUAA